AAUUACUUGAAAAAAUUCCAGUUCCGUAAUGCAAAAACUUCAGACUUUUGGGAGUCACUGGAAGAGGCAAGUAAUCAACCAGUGAAAGAAGUUAUGGACUCCUGGACUAGCCAGAUGGGCUAUCCUGUGAUCACUGUGAAAGAACGGAAGAACUUAAGCCAGAAACGCUUCCUGUUGGAUUCCACAGCUGACCCUUACGAGCCACCAUCAAUGCUUAAUUACACGUGGAAUAUUCCAAUUAAAUGGGCCGAAAAUGACAAUUCAAAUGUUGUCGUCUACAACAGAUCAGAAAAAGAAGGAAUCACUUUGAAUUCUGGUCUUGGUGGAGAUGUUUUUCUCAAAAUAAACCCAGAUCACAUUGGGUUUUAUCGUGUAAAUUAUGAAGCAGAAACUUGGGACCGGAUAGCCGAGACUCUGUCCUCAAACCACUUGAACUUCUCCACUGCUGACCGUACAAGUUUUAUUGAUGAUGCAUUUGCUUUGGCAAGAGCUCAACUUCUGAAUUAUGGGAAAGCUCUGAAUUUGACCAGUUAUCUCAAAUCAGAAGAGGAUUUCUUGCCAUGGCAGAGAGCCAUCUCAGCUCUAACCUACAUCAUCAGCAUGUUUGAAGAUGACAGAGAGCUGUACCCCAUGAUAGAGACGUACUUCCAAGGUCGAGUGAAGCCCAUUGCGGAUUCUCUGGGAUGGCAGGAUAACGGAACCCACAUUGAAAAGUUACUCCGUGCCUCUGUGUUAGGAUUUGCAUGCAAGAUGGGAGACAGAGAAGCCUUGAACAACGCUUCCCAGUUAUUUGAUAACUGGCUCCAAAAGAACGAAAACAUUCCUGUAAAUCUCAGGCUUCUGGCCUACCGCUAUGGCAUGCAGAACUCUGGUAAUGAGACUUCAUGGAACUAUACUCUAGACCAAUACCAGAAAACAUCCCUAGCACAAGAAAAAGAAAAACUGCUCUAUGGGCUAGCUUCUGUGAAGAAUGUUACUCUUCUGUCAAGGUAUCUGGACAUGCUCAAAGACCCAGAUAUUAUUAAAAGUCAGGAUGUGUUUACAGUCAUUCGCUACAUCUCAUACAACAGCUACGGGAAGAGCAUGGCCUGGAACUGGAUACAACUCAAUUGGGACUAUCUGGUCAACAG